UCCAAUGAUUAGGGCACAUUAACCAGAGAAGAUCAGACCGUAGCAAACCGAGGCGAAGCCUAUCCAUGGCCGUUUAUCUCUCCCAUUCAAUUCCGCCGAAACCUCCCUUCUCUUCCUGAAUUUCGCCUACCGAAAAAGCCCUAGGAGUCUUCUUCGCAAUUCGGAAGAAUGGUGGUUGUCACCGGAGAUCGGUACCUGGAGUCGCUGGUGAAGUUCGUGGACAAUCAAGCGGGGCCGUUGAUCGACGGAACCCUAGUUCUCAAGCUCAAUCCCGUCGGCCUCCACUACGUCCAGUCCAGGCUCGAGGCGCUCGCCGAGCUCGAGGCCCUGCUCGUUGGCGCCCCCGUCGACUACCUCCGCGCCUACAUCUCCGACCUCGGCGACCACCGUGCCCUCGAGCAUCUCCGCAGGAUUCUGCGCCUCUUGACUUCCCUCAAAGUGGUCUCCGUGUUGCCGCACCCGGCCCGAGACCCCACGCCCCUCUCGCUGCUUGCCUUCAUCCGGCUGAAGGUCCUGGAGCUCCGCGGAUGCGAUCUCUCGACUAACGCUGCCCGGGGACUCCUCGAAUUGAGGCAUACAUUGGAGAAAAUCGUCUGUCACAAUUCUACUGAUGCACUGCGGCAUGUAUUUGCAAGUAGAAUUGCUGAGAUAAGAGACUCCCCACAGUGGAACCGGUUGUCCUUUGUUUCAUGUGCUUGUAAUGGUCUAGUUCUGAUGGAUGAAUCUUUGCAACUUCUCCCUGUUGUGGAGACCCUUGAUUUAAGUAGAAACAAGUUUGCGAAGGUGGAUAAUCUCCGAAAGUGUACAAGAUUGAGGCACCUGGAUCUUGGAUUUAAUCAACUGAGAUCUGUUCAAUCAUUUAAUGAGGUCUCCUGUCAAAUUGUCAAACUUGUUCUGAGGAACAAUGCUCUAACAACGUUGUGUGGGAUUGAUAAUUUGAAGUCACUUGAAGGCCUUGAUCUUUCCUACAAUGUUAUUUCCAAUUUCUCAGAACUAGAGAUACUAGCCAGCCUUCCAUCUCUACUGAGCCUGUGGUUGGAAGGAAAUCCUUUAUGCUGUGCACAAUGGUACAGAGCACAAGUGUUUAGCAUUUUUCCUUACCCAGAAAAGUUGUUAUUAGAUGAGAGGAAAAUUUGUACUGGAGAAAUUUGGAAGCGGCAAAUUAUUAUAGCAAGCAGGCAGAAAAGGCCUGCUAGCUUUGGAUUUUAUUCCCCAGCUAAAGGUGAUGCUGAAUUGGAAGGAACCAUCAACACAAAAAGGAAGAAACAUUCUCGCCUUGCUAGUAUUGAAAGUGAAGGGCAGUCAAGAUAUGUAGGCUCAGACCAAGAAUCGGUGUCAUGUGAGAAUGAGACUCAAAGCAGAGAUGAGAACAUCGCCUCUGAGGAGGAAGCUGAAAUUGUUGGUUUGAUGAACAGAAUUGAACUCAGGAAACAAGAGCAUUCUGCUUUAUGGUUGCAAGGUUUUGACGAAUGGUUAAAUCGGGAUUCUGAGAAACUGAUAGAAAGUAGUAAAUGUGAUGUUGGUACAUUAAAUCCUGAUAAAGAACAUUAUCGGAAACACAGGACAAGACACAGGUAUCUUGGUGAGAGCUCACAAUAUGUUUCUGACUCUGUUCAGGCUUCAGGUGAUCAGAGUAGGAUGAACUUUUUGGAAUCUGGCAGCUCUUUUGCAGCUAUUUCCACCGGUUUCAAUGCUUAUCAAUAUUAUGAGCAAACUAGUAAAGUGGAAUUUAAAUUCUCUAUGGGACAUACCAGCAGUAAACCUGAACCUGUUACUGGAAGAAUGGAUACAAAGCAGGAGCAAAUGAAAUCUUAUCCUGGUAAAGGAUUUUUCUUUAUGAGAGCUGGAAACUCUCAUCUUGAUCCUUCGGGUACACCACCUGGUUAUGCAGGAUCGCCACCUCAUUAUCAAGAAGACAUUCUGCAUCGGCGCCACAACUUAGAAGAGGAAUUUUUGCAGCUAUCUGCAGAGUCAUAUUCAGCAGCAUCAUCUGAUAGUAACACCAGUUGUAGUGAAGAUGAUUCCACUGAAUUUGGGUCCUUUAUUCCUAAAGGUGAUCAGUCACUGAUCGACGAGUUGUCUGAGACUAGCAGCCAUUCGUCAAUGUGCCAGCCUGAAGAUAGACAUCAUGACAAGGAUCCCGGAGCUUCCCAGGUAGCACAGAAUGGUUUAUAUUUGUCUGAUCCAUGUGUUGAGCUAUCAAUGGGUGCUCUAAAACUAGUGGAGUCAGACUACUUGCCACAGUUGUGGGACAAGAAUUUUCCUACCAUUGAGAAUGACAAUGGCACUAGACAUCGUGUGAACCAAGAGGCCGAAAAGAAAUGUCACAAAAAGAAGCCCAAAAGAAGAACUGUUUUGCUAUCAGAGGAGUAUAGUGUACUGGAACCGCCACUAAAGUCAGGUAUUUGUACAGACACCAUGGAGGAUGCAGGACCAAGAUAUAUUCUUCAUGGUAGUGCUCAGAAGACAAUUGAUAACAAACAGACAUGGGGUGCUGCUACCUCUUUUACCCAUAACAGAACUGGAGUCCUUUCUGGGUUACAAUACUCGGGGGCAGAUGACAUCAUAGAGGAUUAUUUCAAUUCCAGUUUGGCUGACAUAGGAGUUCAUGAAACUUGUAGGAUGUGUAUGCAUUGCAAUUGCAUAAUUGAGCAGAAGUCUGGCUACAGAGAAGGAGAAGUUGCUGUGGUACUGAGCAGCGAGAACAAGUUGUAUUUAUUGCUCAUUGACACCAAGACUGAUGGGUCAGGAAUUACCUUAAGUCAAAUGGGUUGCCACAGAACUGAAGAUGUUAGAGAGGUUUUAAUUGGGUUGGGACUUCAAAUGUUGAGGCUGUGCAUUGAGGAGGGCAUAACAUAUCUGUUCACUACAAGGAGUAUUGAUAUAUCAAGGGAAUUACUGUAUAUAUUGCACUUCUCUGAUUCAGAUACAAGGAUGCAAAACUGUUCCAUGCAAAGUCUUUGUACAUUCUCAUUUCUUGUUUAUGAUGGAUGGUGGCUUGGAAAUUUAAAUGGCAGUUUGGAGCAGGUUCAGGUUGAAUUCUUUGAAAGGCAUAUAUGUGGAAGUUCAAAAAUGAACAUGUUCCAAUAUUCAAUGGUAUUUUUUUGGUGCAAAAAUAUGAAAGAUGAUUUGUGGGUUUCAAGAUCACUGUUUGUGCUUGAAGAGCAUCUUCUCGUGUGCAUUGAAGACUUAAGGCAGUUUGGCUUUUUCUCAGACCACUCAUCUUCUCCAUAUUUCUCACUUGAUUCAUGUUGCUCCAUCACUGAUGUGUCUGAGAUGGUCAUCAACACUGGGGAGGGGUGGUGUCUGACCUUGGCUCUUGAACGGGUAUCGUCAGAGUUCUGCCCAUCCCAGAAAGCCAGAAGGGCAAAGGAGAACACAUCACGUACCAAGAAAAAUCCCGCUUUGGGUCCUUCACCUUGGAAGAUCAGGUGGUUUUCUGAGAGUAGUCUACUCAACUUCGUGGCAUUGGUGAAAGCAAUCCAUUCAGGAUUAGCCGAUUCAGCUUCAAGUUUAGUUGUAAGAUAUGACUCAUGAAAGGGCAGGGCAGUUACGAGUCUUUAAUUUUGUUUAUACGUGGCUUCGCGUGUUCGGUUUGAUAUUCAUUUCAUUCUUUUGUUAUGUUGGCUUGGCUUGGCUUUGUGUGGCGUGUAGAUAGCUUUCUUUUUGGCUUCUAUUCUUUGAUUGUGCUUCUCCGCUGGCAAGGCAACCGCCCAUGUACAGAGUGUACAGAAUAGAUCAUUCAAUGCCAUGGUUUAAUUUUUUUUAUUUAAUUGC